AUGUCUACUCUCCUAGAUCCAUAUCAAGUUCUUGGUGUCCAAUAUGGCACUCCUAAAAUACAGAUCAAAAAAGUGUAUCGAGAACUUGCAUUGAAGUUCCACCCCGACAAAGCAGGUCCUGCAUCGACAAUGCGCUUCCAACAAAUCCAGGACGCAUGGGAAAGAGUCGCAAACGGUUACAUCCCUCCAAAACCGGCACCUCCUCCAUCUUGGUUCCCACAACCAGAAGCAACCCCAGAUCCUCCUUAUCCGGGCUGGGAAUCUGGGCGAACAUACCACGAAUGGUUUACGAGCGUCGAGGCAGAAGUUCAGAGAAGAAGGACGUCCUUUCAAGGUUCCGCAGGACCCAUCGAAACCACCGCCACGACCACAAAGGCCAGCAGAUACACAGCCGCAGUGGCAUCAACGAAAACGUAA